AUGAAACAUGGACAUUCUGGAGAACUACUUGAAGAAAACGCUCGGCUUAACGCUCAAGAAGAACUUUCCCGUGCAGAUGACAUUGGGCUGACAUCGAUUUCUUUGCCGACCAUCUAUUAUAAAGGUUUGAAUGGAUGCGUUCGCAAAGUUGCAAUAAGUGUCAGAUCGGUAGUCAGCCGGAAAGCGGCCGUUCCGACGACGGAAGACUUCCGAAGCAUUCGAGUUCCUAGCUGA